CACGGAGAGGAUCCUUUCCCGUAAUGUGCACGUUACCAUAAAUUGGACCUCAUCCCCAUGGUUGAAAACCUUAAUUCAUUCUGAGAUGGAGUUGGUUGGGAGAUGAUGUAGGGAAUAUUAUUAAUAAUUAACGACAGGGAUAGUCCUCGAAACCAUACUUUAAAAAAAAAAAAAAAAAGAACAGUUGUCAACCGUCUUCCUCUCUCGAACAACAAGAAGAAAGAGUUGAAAGUUGAAACAGCAUCACCCUUGACUCGUAGCAGAGUAACCAAAAUGUCCGAACCCUCAAUUCCUUGAUUUGACUUCACUAUCCAUUCCGAUUCCCUACCCUUUCUAAUAUUUUACUUCCUUUGCUUUUUCACUUUUUAUUCAUUCCUUAUUCUCGCAAAUUCCGAUGACAAUCGUCCCCGCCGGUAAGAUAAACAACCGCGCCAACUAAUUCCGUGCUGACCGCAGCAAUGAAUACGCCUCCAGACGGUGCCGCCGUCGCCGCCGCAUCCAGCGUUGGCGAAGGAGGAGAGAGAAGCAUAAACUCGGAGCUAUGGCAUGCUUGUGCCGGACCGCUUCUCAGCCUGCCUUCGCCUGGAACUCACGUCGUUUACUUCCCUCAAGGCCACAGUGAACAGGUGGCAGCGUCUUUGAAGAAAAACGUGGAUGCUCAAGUCCCGAACUACACCAAUCUCCCCUCCAAGAUACCGUGUCUUCUGCACAAUGUCAAAUUGCAUGCAGAUCAAGACACAGAUGAAGUAUAUGCUCAGAUGACACUUCAGCCUGUAACUUCUUUCGACACCGAUGCGUUGUUAAGAUCAGAUAUUUCUCUCCGGUCCAGUAAGUCACAACCUGAGUUUUUCUGUAAACAACUGACGGCAAGUGAUACGAGUACUCAUGGAGGUUUCUCUGUACCCCGCCGUGCUGCUGAGAAGAUUUUUCCCCCUCUUGAUUACUCUGUACAACCUCCUGCUCAAGACCUCGUGGCCAGGGAUUUGCAUGAUAAUACUUGGAGAUUUCGCCAUAUAUUUCGUGGACAACCAAAACGUCACUUGCUUACUACUGGAUGGAGUCUAUUUAUCAGUCGAAAAAGGCUUUUGGCUGGAGACUCUGUUUUGUUUGUAAGAGAUGAAAAGCAGCAGCUUCUUUUGGGUAUCAGACGAGCUAACAGGCAACCCUCCAAUUUAUCAUCUUCAGUACUAUCAAGUGAUAGUAUGCACAUUGGAGUUCUGGCUGCAGCUGCUCAUGCUGUUGCAAACCAUAGUCCCUUCACCGUGUUCUAUAAUCCGAGGGCUAGUCCCUCAGAAUUUGUUAUUCCUUUAGCCAAGUACUACAAGGCAGUGUAUAGCCACCAUAUAUCAUCUGGUAUGCGCUUCCGAAUGAUGUUUGAAACUGAAGACUCGGGAACAAGAAGACAUAUGGGUACAAUAAUAGGUGUCAGUGAUCUAGAUUCUGUGAGAUGGAAAAAUUCGCUAUGGCGGAAUUUGCAGGUUGGCUGGGAUGAAUCAAUUGCUGAGGAAAGGCAAAGUAGGGUCUCAGUAUGGGAAAUUGAACCUGUGACGGCUCCAUAUUUCAUCUGCCCCCCUCCUUUGUAUAGAUCCAAGAGACCUAGACUACCAGGAAUUGCAGAUGAUGAGCCUGAUUUCAAUAACGGUUUGAAGAGAACAGUGCCUUGGCUCGGUGAUGAUACAUGCAUGAAGGAUCUUCAAGCUCUUCCUGGCUUGAACUUAAUUCAAUGGACGAAUAUACAGCAAAAUCCUGCUCUGGCUAGCUCAUUGCAGCCAAAUUAUGUGCCUUCCAUGCCUGGAUUCCUUCAGCAAAAUCUUGCUGGUGCAGAUAUUGCAAAUCAGCAAGGGUUUUCUACUCCACAAAUAUCUCAAUCAAACAAUGUAUCCGUCAAUGCUCAGAAUAUACUUCAGACUUCCUGGCAACUUGAUCACAUUCAAAAGCUACCGUCCACACCUAGUGCAUUAGGAAUGGUGACGCAGCCGCCGCAGCAAUUGGGUGAUAUUACCCAACAACAAAGGAACUUGACAAAUCAAACUUUAUCACAGAAUCAAGUUCACACCCAACUUCUGAAUCCCCAGAGUCUUGUCCAAACUGAUAAUAUUCUUCAACAGCAACAAUCAUCCAUUCAAAACCACCAACUGCUGACAAGUGUGUCUCAGAACCCACCACAGCAACAUCAACAAUCUACUAUGGGUCAGAAUCAACGGAAAAAUUCAUUUCAACCCUCUAUGCCGGAUCAUUUUAAUCAACAAUUACAGAUGUCUGAUAAUCAGGUUCGGCUUCAGUUGUUACAGAAGCUUCAACGGCAACAACAAACUCUCUUGGCACAACAGUCUGCAUUGCAGCAGCCUGCUCAAAUUCAAAGCCAAGAUCAGUGGAGACAGAUUUUAGAUGUAGCACACAACUCUAGUGUCCGAACUCCUGGUCAAGUACCGGAAAAUCUUCCUACACUUCAAAACUCUCUCCCUGAGGCUAAUACUAUCACCCAUCGGAUAACAAUGCCCAGUAGCCAGAAAAAUAUUCAAUUCUCUCAUCUAUCUCAGCAACCUGCCUUGCUGUUUGAAACGUCUGGCCAUGUUGGACUUCCCCCUACAGUUAAAUCCAAUCCACUUUCUGCUUCUGGUGGAAGUGUACUGACUGGAGCAGGGCAAUCAAUAAUUACUGAUGAUGUCCCAUCUUGUUCCACUUCACCUUCCACAAAUAAUUGUGCCAGUACACUUCCUCCAGUGAUAAGUUCCCAGAUCCAUAAGAGUACAACAAUAGGGGAUGACAUGGCUCAAUCUUCUGUCACAAUCUUGAGUCCAAGUGCCUUAGAAACCAUGUCAUCUGCAAACAAGUUAAAAGAUGUACAGCCGAAGUAUGAAGUAAAGCCUUCUUUAAACAUUUCCAAAAGUCUGAAUCAAGGGAAUGUUGCCCCUGAGACAUACUUGAAUGGUGUUGUCCAGACAGACUAUUUGGAUUCAACAUCUUCUACAACUUCACUUUUCCAUUUUCAGAGUGAUACUCGUAUACAUCAGAAUAAUAACCAAUUUUCUUACAAUCCCCAAUCAAUGUAUUUUAGAGACAAUAGUCAAAAUGCAGAAGUUCAGGCUGAUGAUAGGAGCAAUGUUCCAUAUUUCAAUAACCUGAAUGGCCAAAUGGAGUUGCCACCAAAUCUAGGCACAGUGGGGCUGGGGAAUGAUUUGUCAAAUAAUUUUUCUUCAGGAGGCUUGCUUGGAGACUAUGAAAAUAACAGAGUUGUUCAGCCAGAACUUUCAUCUUCAAUGGUUUCACAGACAUUUGACGUCCCUGAUAUGAGCUUCAAUUCAAUUGAUUCUACGAUAAAUGGUAGUAGCUUCUUGAACAAGGAUGCAUGGGCUCUGCCACCUCCACCUCCACCUCCACCACAACAUCAGUUUCAGCGGAGGAGAACAUACACCAAGGUCUACAAACGUGGAGCUGUGGGAAGGUCCAUAGACAUAGCACGAUAUUCAGGUUACGAGGAGCUUAAACAGGAUCUGGCACUUAUGUUUGGUAUUGAGGGACGACUGGAAGAGCAACAAAGGAUUGGAUGGAAACUUGUAUAUGUAGAUCAUGAGAAUGAUGUUCUGCUUGUGGGAGAUGACCCAUGGAAGGAGUUUGUUGACUGUGUUCGCUGCAUUAAAAUACUUUCUCCUCAAGAAGUUCAACAAAUGAGCAUGGAUGGAGAUUUUGGCCAUGGCGGCCUUCCAUAUCCAGCAGGUAGCAGCUCUGAUGGUGGGAAUACUUAAAUGGCGUCCAGGAAUUUCUGUGUUAGUAGCUUAAUUUGUAUUUCGGAGACAUUCAUUGCCGUUGUCCAAAAGGUAGUGGGGCAUUUCUGUGGACGAUUUUUUCGUGGUGUUGCAGCCAGGGUAAUGUUGCAAGUUAAAAGGAUAAAUUUUGUCACUGCUCUGUACAGCUGAAUUUGAAGAGCCAGUAGAAGAAAAGGUGGAAAAACGUGCUGCACUCAAUCUAUCGCUUCCAUUAAGGUUGUUAACCUGGUAAUGAAUCAAAUAUUUGGUCCACAGGCACACCCUAACAGAUAUGUUAAGCCAUGUUGUAAAGUUGAGCCAGAGUUCUCUUGGCAGUGUUUGAAAUAUCUAUUUAAUUCAGCGUAUUGUAGAAAGAAAGGCUCAAAUAUAACGGCAUAGUUCAGUAGCGUCUGAAAGUAGGCUUUGUGCGGUCUAUGAGGAGUUAUUGGCGUUUGAAUUGAAAGGUGGCUUUUUAGUUGACCCUUUUAGAAACACUCGGCAGCUAUUGAGCAAAUUUCCACUAAUCCUAAUGUAGUAAGUACUAGUGUUGUAAACUUAAAAGUAAUGUUGUAUGUAUUGUAUCAUGUAUUUAUGGCCAAAUAGAUAUUGAAGCAUCCAAUACAGAAAAACAAUGGAUGCAUUAUAUUGCUGUAAAAAAUAAUUCACUAAAUUUUGCAUUUUCAUUUUAUUAUUUAUAUCAAAAUCAUAUAUGUACCCGAACAAAUCAUGUUCUUCAUCAA